AUGGCCGAAAAGCCUAGCUCGUCUCUGAAGCUUGCCAAUGUCGAUUCUCCGAUUAAAUCUUUGCCGGAAAACACUGAAGCCCAGCAGCUGCGACAGGUUGAGCCCGCGACUGCGACGGUGAUCGCUAAUGUAAUUGCACCGGAAAAAGCGACUGAGGAAAGCGCUGCAGUAGUGGUGUCUAAUCGUUUUAAUGUUCUGGAAACGAUCAAUGAAAUAGAGGUAGAGGAAACAUAUGUUGAACCUGUUCUGGAGGUUAAGAAGAUGGCUGAAAUCAUAACGGAAUCGGAGAUAGCGACGAGGGUUGCAACAGGGACUGAGGUUGCGACUGGACAAUGUGCUCUGCCUGAUGCGGAGAUUGUUGAACCUGAAACUAUAAUGGCUGAGACGGAUUUCGAUGUCUUAAUUGCAACUUCAAUUGAUACGCUUAUGGAAGAGAUGAUAUUAGAGAAUUUUUCUUCUCUAUCGAAGGGAAUUGAAGAGCCGUAA